CUGCCUUUCAGACAUGAGGACUCAUUUUUCUCCCUUUGGAGUCUCUCUUUUCUUCUCAGGCACAACAAAAAAGAGGGAAGGAAAAAAUUAAAAGAAAAAUUAAAACUGCUUCUGUUCGCUCUCUGGCAUUUUGCUCAAAGCGUCCGACCAUAGUCUGACUCUUUCGGUACUCUCUAUUCGAAGAGCCGAAAAGAGUCACAUAUAAUAAUUGCACUAGCUCGCCAGCCUCUCUUCUCUUCUCUAGCAUUUCAUUCAAUCAAAUAUAUCAUGAAGUAGAAAUAAACAAGGAUAGAGAAAGCAAGAGAAAGCGGAUCAAACAAAGAUGAGUGUUUCUUUGACUGUGAUGACCUUCAAUCUCCACGACGAUCAGCCACAGGACAGUCCUAAUUCAUGGGAGAAGCGGAGGGGUUUGUGCAUAAGCGUUAUUACUAGUUACUCCCCAAUCAUCCUUUGUACUCAGCAAGGAGUGAAAUCGCAGUUGGAUUUUCUUCAUCAGGGUUUGCCAGGUUAUGAUCAGUUCGGCAUAUCACGAAAAGGCCCUGAAGACACUACUGAUGAGCAGUGCACAAUCUUCUAUGAUAGGGAAAAGGUAGAGCUUCUGGAAGGCGGAACCUUUUGGCUGUCCGAGUCUCCCUCUGUACCUGGCAGCAUGUCAUGGGGUUCUGAAGUUCCUUGCAUAGCAACAUGGGCUACAUUUCAACUGAAAGGGGUUGAACCGCCUGGAUUUUCAUUUCAGAUAGUAAAUACAAACAUGGAUCAAUUCAGUCCUCGUGCUCGUAGACGAAGUGCUUUACUCACAUGGCAGCACAUUGCAUCCUUGCCUCCUAGCCUUCCAGUUUUAUACUGUGGAGGAUUCAAUGCACAAAAGGAAUCAACUACAGGACGGUUUCUCCUUGGAAGAUCAAGAGAGCAUGGUGUAGUUGGGGAUAUGCGGGAUGCAUGGCCUAGUGCCCGUGUAAGGAAAAACGUUUCCUUAAUCCGCACUUAUCAUGGAUUCAAGGGUGACAAGCAAGGAGCUCUAGAAUUUGUCAAAUUAAUAUUUAGAGCACUUUGCCUCUGCUGGGAUCGCCAAACACAGGAUCUUCAUAUUGAUUGGAUCCUUUUCAGAGGUAGAUCUCUGAUUCCUGUUUCAUGUGAAGUGGUUAAUGAUAACAUUGAUGGGUACUACCCAUCCUCUCAUUAUCCCAUAUUUGCUGAAUUUAUGCUUCCUCGCACUGUGAGGAUGUUAGAGCCCCCACCACCACCUGCACCUGUACAAGAGGAUAACUAAAUUUUCAUGUGUUGAGUUAUGCUAUGUAAUUCAUUCCGUCGUUAUAGCUGGUAUUGAAAUUUCAUUCUGUGCCUCUCAUUUUGAGUUGGGCAUUAAAUAUAAGUUGUACACUGCCCCUCCCUGCCCGAGGUUCUUGUGUCGAACAGAGAUCAGUACGAUUGUGAAUUAAAUUUUCUCUUCUUGUUAUUGUCAAAA